AUGACCAAAGUUAAUAUGAAUGUUGUGAUAUGUGGUCACCUCAACUCUGGCAAGUCCACCACCAUCAGCCACCUUAUCAAGAAUAUGAUUGUUGGGACCUCACUUGCGGACUUCUGUGUUCUUGUUGUUGAUGCCACCGAUGGUACCUUUGAGGCCAGUUUUGCUCGUGAUAACGUGCAAUUCUGGCCAAUGCUCUUGCAACUAGUAGUUGUACAUUCUGCUAUUGUUGAUAAUUACAUUUUGAAAAUUCAAAUGGAUGCCAUCACCCCCAAGUACUCCAAGGAACGGUACAACACAAUUGUAGAGCAUGUGCGGUCCUUCCUACAGAAGAUUGGGUUUGACCCAGCAUUCGUGACCAUUUCGGGAUUGGACGGGGAUAUUGACCAUGAGGUCAGACAACAUGGUCUGGUAUGA